AUGCGUCCUACACUUUCAGUCACUUUCGCUAGCCUUCUCACUGGCAUCUCAGCGUCCCCAAUCGUCCCUAACGCAAGCUCCCAGCCUCGCGUCCGACAACUGGUUGAGAUUCCGGGCGUGUUUGUCGAAAACCUCGCCGUGAGACCUAACGGAAACCUCAUUCUCAACACCAUCAGCCAAGGCCAAAUCUACUCGCUGGACCCUUACCAAAAGAAUCCCCAAGCCCACGUUGUCGCCAGUAUCGAAGGAGUCAACGCACUCACUGGAAUUACCCCCGUCGGCAAAGACAUCUAUGCCGUGGCCGGAAGCAACCUCGACACGGAAACGGCUCAGUUCCACAAUGGGUCCAUGAAGAUUGCGCUCGUCAGUUUCGAAAAGAGUGGGAAAUCUGCUGGCGACGCUGCUUCAGUUGACGUCAUCAUCGAAGGGACAAACGUUGGCCCCGUGAAUGGCAUCACCACCCUUCCUCGUCAUCAGCACAUCGUUCUCGGCGCAGACUCUACAAGAGGAAGGAUUGUGCGCAUCGACACGAAGAAGCGCACUGCCGAAGAUGUUUUCCAAGAUGAUCUACUCGCACCCGUACCUGACCCUUCGUACCCGCUGGGCGUCAACGGUAUCAAGAUCUUCAAGAACCAUCUCUACUUCACCAACACAGCCCGUCGGCUCUUUGGGCGUGUCAAGAUUGACCAGUUUGGCAACAAGAUUGGAGAUGGCGAAAUCAUUGCCCAACUUCCCGCAGGCUCAGCCGCCGCCCCGGACGACUUUGUCAUUGACAAGCACGGCAAUGCUUACGUCGCGUUCUGGACAAACUCGCUUGUCAAGAUUACUCCAGAUGGGGAGCGUGUCACGAUUCUGGAAGGCGUGCUCGCGAGCCCAACUAGCUCGGCCUUGAGCAAGGAUGGUCGGAGUGUCUACGUCGGCACGGCUGGCCGGGGUUCGGACACUGUUUCUGGAGGGCAGGUAGUUGAGGUUAGGCUCUAG